UCAAUAUUUUGUGUGGCCACCAUUAUUUUCCAGCACUGCCUUAACCCUCUUGGGCAUGGAGUUCACCAGAGCUUCACAGGUUGUCACUGAAGUCCUCUUCCACUCCUCCAUGAUGACAUCACGUAGCUGGUGGAUGUUAGAGAUCUUGGGCUGCUCCACCUUCCAUUUGAGGAUGCCCCACAGAUGCUCAGUAGGGUUUAAGUCUGUGUCAAGGUCCUACCUUUCCUCAGGGCUUGUGCUGCUCCAUGUGCUGGCAUCCAUCUUAGGUGUCUGCAAAGCAUUGUGGGAUCCUUUAUGCUUUCAGCCCUCUGCGGUUCCUCCCCCAGGAGGUGGCAGCUUAUCACAUAUAAGUCUGCUGGUUGUAGCUGUCCAUUGCAUUCGUGUCCUGUCUGUUGCACAGCAGCAGCUCCUCAAUGCUGGCAGCACUCAU